UUCAUGUGUGUAUGAAAAGGUACCAGCACGCUCACAUAUGGACUGGGUUUGUUGUUUUUUAAUUGAAGCAAAAGGAUAGCUAAUUAGAGAGUUCGCACGUAGAGGCUAAUGGUCAAUUAAGUUAAUUAAUGCAGAACCUUGGAUGCCAGAACAGUGUUUACUGCAUUUACCAAGCUACAGUGGAAUGACCAAGACCUCACGACAUAGCUGGUGUUGAAAAACUCGACAAAUUCUACCAGGAGAAUUUCAAAGUUCGAUAUCGUGCCUGGAUUUUUGACUUGUCAAACGACAACUGAUUCCAGCUCAUCAUUGCUCCUUUCACAGUCAACACAGUUUACGCCUACAAUGUACUUCUACAAUUAGCGAUCCGAGAGAAUCAACGUUGCGCAUCCGUUGACCUUCCGUUGCUGCUUACUCUGUAAACAUUUUAAGAUGCCAGCACGUACCGGUAGUGUCUCGUCGUCGGGACAUUUGUGGAAUUAGUAAACUGUUGUAUUAACAUGGAACUUUUGCCCCAGGCACUGGUGCAUCAGGAGAGUCUCUUGACGCGAGAGUUGGCACCGCUGGAGGACCUCCCAGACAUCAUAGCCAUGAGCAGCCUCCAACCCAUCACCACCGCCGCCCCUCCCUACGAUGUGACUCUACCCCCAAAUGUCACCUUGGAGCCCAUGACGAUGACGGAUGUCCAUGUCCCCACCGACCACUGGAUCUUCCUGUCACUGCUCUCAAUUAUCUUUGUCUCUGUCAUCGGGAAUGUCUUGGUCUGUCUGGCCAUCGUGACCGAGCGGAAACUGCACAGCGCCACCAACUACUUCCUCCUGUCCAUGGCCGUCGCUGACCUCAUGGUGGCGCUCUUGGUAAUGCCGAUGGCGCUAGUCAAGUACAUAGCUGGUGUGUGGCUCCUAGGCCCAUCCAUGUGCAACAUCUGGGUGAUGCUGGAUGUUCUCUCCUGCACUUCCUCCAUCAUGCACAUCUGCACCAUCUCCUUAGACCGCUACUUGGCCAUCUGCAACCCCUUCUCCACACAGCGUCACUCCCGCUUCCAGACCCCAAGCAAGAUUGUCAUUGUCUGGAUGAUAAGCAUCCUGCUCUGCAGCCCCAUCUUUGUUCUAGGAUUCAUCUCUACCGCGGAGGUCCUAGAUGUUGGAGUCUGCGCUCUGACCAACCGUCUCUUCAUGAUCUACGGCUCUAUUAUUGCCUUUUUCAUCCCUUUAGUGAUCAUUGUGGUCACUUACAGCCGGACGGCCCACGUGCUGAACAAAAAAGCCCGGGCGUUUGCAAAACCAAGGACUCGGACUCUGUCACAGGAGUCCAGCGAAAGCAUGAAUCAUAAAACCCCCUGCAUCCUCCAUAAGGCCCUGCCUUGCUUCUUCCAGUGCCUGGAUGCCAACGCAAACAGUAUCAACGAGUACAGCUCAGAUGAUUCCUCGGCUAAGCUCCCACAGGACGACGAGAGGCCGGCUUCUCACAAUGACCAAAUCAGAUGUCUGAAAGCAGAGACUCUGACUCUCAACAGAAGUCCAAGGAUUCUCCGGCAUGCUGGACAUGGGGACACAGCGCCAGAAAAGAAGGUCCUGGAAAUGAGAAGAUCCACCUCCAGGACAACACGCAAGGGGAACAGCUCCAAGAUCAACACAGAGCGCAGGGCCAGCAAGGUCCUCGGGCUUGUCUUUGCGGCUUUCGUUAUCGGAUGGACGCCGUUCUUUGUCACAAACUUUCUCUACGCACUGUGCCCGUCUUGCAACAUCGACCCCACACUGUUUUCCAUCUUCGAGUGGCUGGGCUGGUCCUCCAGCAUGGUCAACCCUUUCAUCUACACCAUCUUCAACAAGACCUUCCAGAAGACCUUUUGGAAACUCCUAACUUGCCGUCUCCGAAGAAAGGGAAUUCGCCACCUCAGUCUCAAGAGGGGGACGUUUAUAAUCAUAGAUGUAAAGCCUCAGAGUCCGAAACUUGAGUCGGUCUAAAAAUGAUGCAAGAGAUCUUAUAACACUGUAUACUCGGCGCUGUUAAAGUGCUUGCAAGAAAGGAUGCUAACUUGCAAUGCAAAAUUCAGACUUGGAAAGAUCCUUUUCCUACGAUUUCUCUGGAAGCAAUUUUUGAGUAUAAAAACUGUAUCAAGAUGCUGUACAAUCAAUUCCUGAAUAUAAUAUUUGCCUUUGCAUUUAUGUAUAUAAUACUACAUGUAUAUAUUUAUAUUUAUGUAUAAUUUUGGUAAAAAAAUAUAUAUAUGAUCAGUCUAUUGUAAAUGACAUACUAAACAACGUCAGAAUUUAUAUAAACAGUGAGUUUUUACACGCUUUAUGAAUUGGGGAAAAAAGGGGGCAGGGCACACAAAAAAAGCUGGAAACAACUAACACUUUUUGAGGCAUAUAAACUGCCAAAAGUGCUCUGAACAAUAACUUAUGGACUUGCUUAGCGGAACGUUUAUUCAUUUUUCUACACGGCCAAAAAGUUAUUCGGGGGUACUUUUUUUUCAGUGUUCAUACUUUUUACUUGUAAAUUUGUGCUUGGCUACAACUCAAAAGGUUGGACUGAUCAAGCCUUACUUUUUUACUCAGGGUUCUAACACAUUUUGUGAUAGACCACCAAAGAGAAAGUUGCUUGGAUUUCGUAUCACAUUUUGUUGUGGGGGUAUCUCUUUCAAUGCCUGCCCAGUUUGACCAACAGCGGAGUUAAGUAGACAAGGAUUGAUUUCAAGACUACGUGUAGAAGGGAUUAUGAGGAAAUCACUCCAUCCACCAGAUAAUUGAUAAUUUACUUCCUUGUCUGGGCACUGAGCACCUGACGGUGAAAGAGCCAUUAGAAGGCAGGAGGAAAUUUAUACCUCUGAUGACAUCCGCACCUAUCUUGUUGGUUUUGGAUGGUAAAAGGCUCAACAGUGUCACAUGUUUGCCCUUGGCAUAGCUUUGGUAGGGACUGAUAGCCAAGUGGAGCGCCAAGGUCUGGGCAAGAGUCAGCGCGAGGAAUGAACUGGGGGGUGGGACUAGGGGAGAGAGGGGUUUAAAAAAAAGUAGCAGGGAGGGCUGAAGUGGUCUUUGGAUUGUUUUUCAUGAAACUCAAUGCCAGACGGGUUCAGGCCAUCAUCUGCGGGUAGCACACCCUGAUAUUUCCG